UGUUUUGAUUGUAAAUAUGACCAUGAUCGAUGAAUGUUCUUCAGACGCAUCAACAUACACUCGAUUAUUAUUCACUUGACAAACCUUGACAAUUACCACUUAGUGCACUAUAAUAAUAACUGUUGAGAAUGGGAAACGCAAACACAAACAAUUCAAAACAACGAAUCGAAAGGCCAUAUUCGAUCGAUGUUUAUAAUGGUGGUUGUUUAGAUCGCCGUGAAUCACCAAGACCCGGCGAGGAUGGUAAAACGUUCGAUUUCAGUACGAAACGUCGACCGGUACUUUGCUAUCAGAAUUCCUGUGAUUACAGUGGAGAAGAUAAUGGUGAUGAUUAUAAAAACUAUUUGGACAAUUCCUGUCAAGGUAUCAAUGCUUUGAACGAUCAAAUGCUACCAACCGUAUUCAAAUGGGAUGGUGGUGGCAAAGAUGUCUACAUUACGGGCACCUUUUCCGACUGGAAACCUGUUCGUAUGGUUCAAAGUCAGGGUGAUUUUGUCACCAUUAUCGACAUACCUGAGGGAGUUCACAAAUACAAAUUCCUGGUGGAUGGUGUGGAAAAGAUUGACAAAAAUGCCAAAGUAGAUGAUGGCCAAUCGAACAAUGUAUUGAACGUGGAGAAAUCCGAUUUCGAAGUAUUCGAAGCACUUGCCAUGGAUUUAGCUUCCAAUAAUAAUAACAACAACAACAACAAUAAUACAAACAACACACAUUCGACAAGUAAUGCAUUGUCUGGAUCUCCGCCUGGCUCGUAUUCACAAACUAUACCGACAUUCUCGCAUGAUUCGACCACUGGUUCCGGUAGUGGAAAUCAAAGUGGUCCACCCAUAUUGCCCCCACAUCUAUUGCAGGUGAUCCUCAACAAUCCUUCAGUUAAUUUUGGCGAACCAACUUUGUUACCGCAGCCGAAUCAUGUCAUGUUGAAUCAUUUGUAUGCUUUGUCUAUCAAGGAUGGAGUUAUGGUUUUGAGUGCCAUACAUCGUUAUCGCAAAAAAUACGUUACAACCAUGCUCUACAAACCAAUCUAGAUGUUCAGUCAGUC